CCAUAGGGGACGACUACAACGCGCUUCUCUCUUGGCUUUCUCUAUUGUCUCUCUCUCUCUGGCAGACAUCCCUAACCUUCGCAGAGCAAAAAAGUCGACGAGAAACACUCUUCUGCGUUCAAUACUUGGAUCCGCAAAAACCGUUGUGGAGUUUCCUUCAAUUCAACGCCACAGAGUCAAUCGGCUUAUCCAUCUCUGAAUAUAGCUCCAUUUUCGCACCCCUCUCUCUUCGGUUCUUGCUCUCUCUGUUAGAAUGGCGUCGGGCGGUGUUGCAAUUAGUCCAAUCCGGAAUGCGGAUGCACUUCCGCCUGGUUACAUGCAUGACCAGCUUUUGGACGAGUCUAUUUUGAUCUAUGUGGCUGUGUCUGGUUCCAUGAUUCCGAUGCGGGUUCUGAAGUCUGAUUCAAUUGAGUCCGUUAAGCUUCGGAUUCAGACUUAUAAAGGGUUUGUGGUUAAGAAUCAGAAGUUGGUUUGUGGAGGUAGAGAACUGGCACGGAGUAAUAGUCUCGUUAGGGAGUAUGGGGUGACGGAUGGGAACGUUUUGCAUUUGGUUCUCCGGCUCUCUGACCUUCAGGUCAUCAAUGUUAAGACUUCCUGUGGGAAAGAAUUCACAUUCCAUGUCGAAAGGAGUCGAGAUGUUGGGUAUGUCAAACGUCAGAUUGCUAGAAAGAAGAGAGGUUUAGUUGAUGUUGAUGAUCAAGAAGUCAUAUGUAAUGGUGAAUGCGUCGGGGAUCAGAGACUUAUUAAUGAUAUCUGUAAAGAUAAUAAUGACGCUGUGAUUCAUUUGUUUGUUCGGAAAUCUGCAAAAAUUAGGGCUAAACCUGUGGAGAGAAAUUUUGAGUUGUCCAUUGUGGCACCGCAAUUGAAUGAUAGGAGAGAUGACAAAGUGGAUGGGGAAAGUGGGUCGGGGUCUGAUACUGAGAAUAAUCUUGUUGCACCUAGAGAGCCUCCCGAUAGAGAUCUUUGGUUGGAACACCUGGUUAUUAAUCGGAAUAUUGAAAUACCUUUGGUCCUUGAGAAUUUGCUUAACUCAACAUUUGAUGGGUUAGAUAGAGGGAACUAUCCAAUUAGGUCUUCAGAAGGUACAGGUGGAGCAUAUUUUAUGCUUGAUGCAUUGGGCAAAAAGUAUAUAUCUGUUUUUAAGCCAGUAGAUGAGGAGCCUAUGGCUGUGAACAACCCUCGAGGGCUGCCCAUUUCAGUGGAUGGUGAAGGACUAAAGAAGGGAACAAGAGUCGGGGAAGGUGCAUUGAGGGAAGUUGCUGCCUACAUUUUAGAUCAUCCAAAGAAUGGGCGACGCUUUAUUUGUGGGGAGGAUAAGGGAUUUGCUGGGGUCCCACCUACAAUGAUGGUCAAGUGCUUGCACAAUGGAUUUAAUCAUCCAGAUGGUUUAACUGUCAAGAUUGGGUCUUUGCAGAUGUUUAUGGAGAACCAUGGAAGUUGUGAGGACAUGGGUCCUAGUGCUUUCCCAGUGGAGGAGGUACAUAAAAUCUCUGUGUUGGAUAUAAGGAUGGCAAAUGCAGAUAGGCAUGCUGGGAACAUUUUGAUGAGCAAAGGUGAAGAUGGCCGAAUUGUGCUGAUUCCAAUUGAUCAUGGAUAUUGCUUGCCUGAGAGCUUCGAAGAUUGCACGUUUGACUGGCUGUAUUGGCCACAAGCUCGCAAGCCUUACAACGCGGACACUAUUGAGUACAUAAAAUCACUGGAUGCUGAAGAAGACAUUGCCCUCCUGAACUUAUACGGAUGGAAUCUGCCGCUUGAAUGUGCGCGCACGCUCCGUAUCUCCACCAUGCUUCUAAAGAAAGGGGUGGAGCGAGGGCUUACUCCCUUUGCCAUUGGAAGCAUCAUGUGCAGGGAAAGCUUGAAGAAGGUAUCUGUGAUCGAGGAGAUUGUCCAAGAAGCAUUGGAUUCUGUGCUCCCUGGCACAAGCGAAGCCGCUUUCAUGGAAGCAGUCUCCCACAUCAUGGAUCACCACCUUGAGAAGGUUGCCAAAAAAAUGUCCAUGGAGAAAAUUGGGUAAAUGCAUGUCUAUAUGCACAUAUGUUACCGUACAUUGCCGAAUAUAAUUUUCUUGGGUUGUUUGUUAUUUUCAAUUAUUUCAGCAGUUAAUGCACAAAUAACUUGAAGAGGUUGAACCGUAAGUUCAUACCUUGAUUCAUUUGCCAAAUUAUACUCUCUAUUUUUUGGGUUUGAUAUACAAUUUGUUGAACUUGUGUUGAGGACAAAGUCAUUGUCUUAAAUAAUAUGUACUUAUGAUAGCUAAGGUAUAUGGAGAGAGCAGCUUGUUUAUUUUCUGUUU